AUGAUAGAUCAUGUCCUAGGGCGUCCCAGCGAGUCCUGGAAGCGCACACAGGUGCUCCUCGUCCUCUUCUUCUGGGUCGGCAUCAUCGCAAACGGUCCACGGAACCCUCCCGGUCCUGAAUUUAUAGCCAAGAUCAACAGAUUUCUAAAACGGUUCUCGCCCUGGCAGAUCAUCCUGUCCUCGUUUACGAUUGCAUAUGCCGCACGGAACUUGGAUAAUAUUCUAGGACUCGGUGCUCCCGAGCCCCUCGCUAGGCUUUACUCACGAUCCUACUACCGUGCGACCUAUGUUGCCACCGCGCUCGAUGUUGGCUUUUGCCAGGCCAUGAACAUUCACCCAAAGCCUCUUCGAGACAUCUGCUCUAUUCUAUUCUCGCUCUACUAUCUCUUUUACGCAAAUGCUGCAGACGAAAAGCUUCGCAAAUACCGGGCCACGUGUACCGUCGAGACGCUUCGAGUGACGUGGGAGAAGAUGGAGAAUCCAUAUCUUCGCGCCUUUACGUACUUCCACCGCCCUAGUCUUCCAGUCGCGAGACAGAUACUCCUCCCAAGGCCCGCACAGUCUCAUUCUCGAAAGCCAGUCAAAGCAUGGCUCUUCUUCGCGCGUCCGGAACACGAGCUGGAGAACACGACCGACUUAAUACUCGAUAUCCCUGGAGGUGGUUUCGUCAGCCUGGGACCAAGACAUCACGAGGAACGACUUCGUCGAUGGGCGCUUGUAUCCGGUCGCCCUGUGCUCUCCAUCGACUAUGGCAAGGCUCCAGAAUAUCCUUACCCAUGUGCCAUUGAAGAAUGCUUUGAUGUUUACCAAUUGCUCGCCGAGUCGCGAGGAGCUGCUAUUGGAAUGUCGGGCAAGGUCCUAAACAUUAUCAUGACGGGAGACUCCGCGGGAGCAAAUAUCAUUUGUGGCGUAAUGUUCAAGCUGCUGGAAACUGCCCCAAAGAUGCAACAACCAUGUGCACUGGUUCUCAAUUAUGCCUGCCUCGAUUUCAACUUUGGAUCGUGGAUGACUCCGGCCAAUUUGCGAGUCCUUCGCGCCGAAGCGUCAUCAGGCCAUAUCCAGGGUGUCGAAGAAUCCAAGGCGCACACGGAUCAUCGAUCGCCAUUGGCGACUGUUCGAGACGUGAGCAUUCGCCGAGUACGACGAAAGGGUAGCUGGGGUCGCCUCUCCCUCACAGGUCUUGCGUCCCGACUAUCAUCCAGCUCAUUGGACGAAGGGGAGACUACGCCACGUGGCGGCAAAGCCCGUCCAUCCUUGCAACGUGCGAGGACUGGGCCACACAAGACACCAGCAUCGCAGGAUGAUGAUGCAGACGACGAGUACUAUCCGUUGGAGGAACACGAAAAGCCCAUCUCACAGCGUGUACUUUGGACUGCAGAGUCUGUGCGCGAGCGGCAACCUGAGCUCGAAGUCGUUAUGGAGGAGGAAAAGACCAGGGCUUUGGAGGCUAGCAAGACGCGCGCGGGUGCAGGAACAAAGCUGACCAUGACGAGUCGCUCGGGGUUCUUUGCGGACCGGAUUAUCACACCGGCCAUGAUGCGAGCCAUGGCCAUUCUCUAUCUGGGACCGGUCGCGAAUCCAGACUUUGAGCGUGACUAUUACAUUUCCCCUAUUCUCGCUCCAUCGACCCUGCUCGCACAGUUUCCGCCCAUCUUGAUGACAUGUGGAGAAAAGGAUCCAUUCGUUGACGAUACUGUCAUUUUCGCUGGCCGUGUCCGAGAAGCGAAGCGCGCACUCAAAGCUGCACUACAGAUGGAGGUCGCCGGCAAAAGCGCACGCUUUGCUGACAAGCGUAAGACACGUAUUCUCGAAGAGAAUGAGGAUGAUUGGGUGCAGAUGGAGCUGUUUGAGGGAUGGAGUCAUGGGUAUCUGCAAAUGGCGGCGUUGAUGAGCGAGGCUGUCGAAGCCAUUGUCCGAAUGGGCCAGUGGAUCGAUAGGGCAUUUGUCCAGUACGGACAAAGGGUUCCACCGACGCCACAGAGUCCCACCUCGAGACGUUAUUCGGACAAGGCCAAGGGGACUGUCACCACAUUGCCGACAGCAGAACUCAAGGCGAGCUCCCGGAGGCAAGCUCCAGACCUUGGGGGGAUUAUCGUGUCUUCAGAGACGGAGACGGAAGCAGAGGGACUGGUCAUGCCGUCUAGAUCACGCAAACGGAGCCCUCCUCCGAGUUUUAGCUCUGUUGCAACGGAGAAGCCGAGAAUGGAGGUCGUAGUGUCGUCUGGAGAGACACUUGUGGGUACUCCUCCUGCUACAGUGCCCACCAAGCCGCUCAGAGGCUUGUUGGACGAGGCCGAGCUCAUCAGGCGACGAAGGCUCGAGGCUGCAAUAGAGUAG